CUCUUUUCAUUUGUGCUCUUGUCCUCAGUGAGUCAGUGUCCAGGAACAUUUUUGAGGAAGUGGUUUUUGCCAGAAACAGGAAACUCAAUAGUUGCAGUUUAUUCACUAAGACGAAGUGAGAAGUAGUGAAGAGACACACGGAACAAUCUUGUCAGAGAAGACCAUAAACACCCUCAACAAAGCCCCCAAUCGCAACAUGGACUCUCAGCAAUUUCGGCAUCUUUUCUUCAUGUUUACUUGGAUAUUUGUACUUCCUCUCCCUCCUGUGUGUUCAGGAAUGAACACACCAAAAAUGCAGUUGGAGAACACAGUAUUUGUGGCCUUUUCAGGUGAAAAUCUUAGUAUUAGCUGUGAGUUGAAGAAACCAGCAAACCAAACUAGAGCCAUGCUGAAGUGCUUCGGUCCCCACAGACUGAUAUACCAACAUGACAUCAGUGCGACGGCUGGUGAACCACGUACAGACCCACUGCAACUGGUGCUGAAAAACCUGACCGAUUCAGGAGAAUACCAUUGCCAGUAUGAGACAGCAAAAGUGUACUUUUAUCUACGUGUGAGGGGUGAAGGCUACAAGGAAGCCCGAAUGUCCAGCUACACUGAACUCAUCACGGUGGCCUCCUUCACUGGUGUGCUGCUGAUCUUCAGUGUGAUCGGCUCAGUUCAUGUCUUCAGAGGAUAUUGGAAAGAGAGGAUCACUGAAGGUGGAGACAAGGCGAAAACUGGCAGAAAACAGAAGGAGAACAGAGAAGAGAGGAAAAAGGAAGAUAUGGAUGAAGAUAAUGUGGAUGUCAUGGCAGCUCAGUCUACGUCCUUCUAUGCUAGUCUAGAGGCUCGACCCAGGUCCAUUUAUGAUGUUCUGGACCACUCAACUGCCAGCAGAGAGCCGGACCGAAAGAAAGCUAACCCUAAGAAAAAGAACCCCCAAAAACCAAAGGUGGCACAAACCACAGAACAGCAGGAUGAAGGCAUGUUUGAGUGUGUUUAUGAAAACUUCUGAAUCAUGUAUACACUUGUUUCCAUAGGAUAGGAUAUUUAUAUCAGUAGCAGUGAUAAGCAUCCGUUGUUUUGCUAUUUUAAUGUCAAAUAUAACAAACAUCCUCAGAUACAAGUAAAGUUCUUGCAUUUGAAAUGUGUAAAUAACAAAUGUACAAAUGUAUUACCAGCCAAAUGUGCUUGAAGUGUAGAAGUAACAUUUCUCCAGCAUUUUAAUGUUGUAUCUAAUUGAGGUGUAAUUAUUUUACACAUUGUUGGGGGGUUUAUGUAUUGUAUGUUUGUAUAUGCUCACAGCAGAUUUUGAAAAACUGAAUCUGCAAAGUAAUCACUACCUACAUCUGCCAAUUAAAUGUAGAAGAGUAAAAUAUAUAAAAUGAGUAUUUUUCUCUUGAAUGUAUGCUAUAACCUAAGUCGAGUUCUCAUGUCUCCAAAUUGUAUUUAGUACAUGUAAAUAUCCUCUAUAGCAAUUUCUGUUUUGCUUUAAAAUAUCUACAUAUUGAUUAUUAAUUCAAUAUGUAUGCAAGAAGUAUGCAUAAGCGAGCAACUUUAGAAGGAAAUUUAACCACAGCAAAGUACAACUUUGCUAUUACAAAAGUUAAAAUAAAAUCCUGAAAAGUGGCAUUUUCAAGUGAUACGAAUAUUACCAAUACUUUUAGAAUUUGUUGGCCUGGGACAAUAUUUCUACCCUUAUUGCCAUUGCUAUUUAAAUCUUCCUACAGAAGUCCCACUCCUGUAUUUUCACCUACGACAAAAUAGUAUUUGGUUUUGGUUCAAACUAAUAGAUAAUGCUCCAGAUAACUGUCAAGUCAAGCCAAGUCAAAGGAAAGCAAUUUCUGUUACAUUUCAUCUGCAUGAAAAGUGCUAUAUAAAUAAAGUGUGAUUGAUUAAGUGA